AUGCAUGCAUCGCAUUCCCUCCAAGGGAAGCUAAGGAAGGGAAGCAUUGUCAUCAUCUCGUGUCCAACAUGCACACACGGUCCAUUCAUUCCCCAUUCCUCCCAUCUUCCAACCCCAUCCCCGUUCCCUCUCUCCCCUCUCGCAGGGAGCCUCCCUGACCGCCCUCCUCCGCCAGGGACUCAGUCUGCAUGCUAUCAUCCCGCAUCUCCGGCUGCCCACCCUCAUCUGCCCGUGGCUUCGGGGGCGCCGAGGGCGACCGGGAUGACGGCAUGCUCUCCUGCAGCCGGCGGCGCUGCGCCAAAGCAUGGUCGAGUGUGGCGGUGAAGCGAGCGAACCUUGACUGGAAGUCGUGGAACUGCUCCUGCACGUUGGCGUAUGAGAGGUUGUCCAGGCCAGCUGUGCAGAUAGGUGAGGCAGAAGGCAGACAACAAAGUGUCUGUGGGCGCCCAGGUGGGUGGGUGGCUGGCGUGUGUGUGUGCCUACCUGAGUGUGAUCUGUAGCUGGGCUCGGCUGUGGUGUGGGGGGAUGUGGCAGCCUGCUGACGGACAAACGCAUCAGCCACCUGCACCAAACACAAAAACCAAAGGCGUGCAGAGAAGGUAGGGGAUGUGUUUUGUCGUCGGUCACCUUGAUGAAGUGUUUGAGGUUGUAGCACUCGUGCCUGAAGCCCUCCAACUGGAACCAGUUCUCGCGCAUGCACGCUGCCAGCCUGCACGCAGGCGUCAAGACGGCGGACGGAUGGACACUUGGACAGACGUGCACUCCGUGUGUGUGCCAUCCGCGUUCACCGCUUCUUGAGCAGGCUUAUUCUUUUGUGAUAGUGUUGGGUCUCCUCUGUUUGUUUCUUCUGCGCCUCUUCCAACUCGGCCUGCACAGCUCGCACGCACAUGCAAUGAAUCCAUGCAGCCAUAUCUGAGUGCAUCCACUCGGCUUGGCUGACCUCUGCUCGGUGGAAGUUCCCACGAGCUUUGGCCUCCUCACUGUGGAAGGAACAAUGGAUGGAUGGAUGACCAAAAUAAAUGACAUGCAUAGGCGACUUACGCUCUGUAUUUGCGUAUGCGCUGCUGUGUUUGCUGCUCGGCCUUGGAUAUGGCAGCCUGCACACACACGUGUACGCCACGCCCGGGCAUGACCUCCUCUCAUAUGAUCUGUGUGUUGUGUGUGGGGGUGCUCAUCCCACCUCGGCCUUGGUGUGCACCUUGAUGGCCACAUCCCGCAGCUGACGGGACAGCUUGGCAUUGUGCUCCUGAAUGGAUGCAGCAAUCCGCACCAUCUGUUUUGCCGUGUGUGUGUCCCCCUCGCCCAACUCACCUGCAGCUGAUAGACCUCCUCCCGAUAACGCCUCUCGAGAUUCUCAUGCGAGCCGCGGAUACGCAGAUAAUCUGCAGCCAUGGGAAAUCGGCACAUAUACACCAGUGUCUGUUUGGAUGUCUGUGUGCGUAUGCGGCGCGGCACCUCACCCUGUGUGGUGGUCUGCAGCAGCCUUUCCGCCUGCUCCGCCCGCUGUGUAUAGUCCUCUUUCUCGGCCCGGUGAGCCGCCGUGCCCAGCUGAUACUCCUCCUCGCGGAUGGCCCUGCACCACACACAGCCAGCCAUCCAAACCAUGGGCAAGGAAUGCAAUGCAGCCCGCUCGUUCUUUGCCUUGGCUGACCUCUCCUGUUUGAGCGCCUCCACAGAGCUGACAUGGACCUCUUGCUGCAGACAAGGGAUAAUGGGGACAAGACAGGGCCACUUUCUCUGGAGUACCGGCCGCUCUGACGGCAUGCUGCUCCGUCUUUGCCGUACCUCUCGCUUGAGCUGCCUUUGGAGUGUUUCGAUCCUCUCAUACAGCGACGCAGCCUCGUCACACGGCAAAUACACCUACACACGCCAUCAACCACACCAAACACAAGCCAUACACUCAGAACACUCGGAUGCCCACAACGGUGAUGGAUACGGAUGUGCUCACCACACGGAUGGUCCCCCCCUCCCUCUCCCUCUCCACUCCCCUGGCGGCCGCGCGUGGCUUCCUCCCGUCCGGCCCGCCCUUGCCAUGCUGCAGGGUUGCACCCGGCGACACCCGACCUGACGGCGUGCACGUGGGCGGCGUGGUGCCGAACGGAUAGUGCGUCACCUUCUGGGCUCCAGGCUGCUGCUGCUGCUGCUGGUGGUGCUGCUGUGGGUCAGUCGUGUGGGUGUUGGGUGCGAUUGGGUAUGGGUGGAAGUAGGUGAUCUCCUGCACGGACGGGGGGGAGAUGGACAGGAGCGUAUGCAGCUUGCGAGUCAGCUCUGUGACCUCCACUGAUCGAAGAAGCGAGCAACGAAGGGAUACCAGGUAAGUGAAGUGUGCCAGGGGAUUGUGUGUCGUUGCGUUGCGUACGUCUGAGGUCGUCAUUGUCCUGUGCAAGCCUGAGGCCCUUUUGCCGUUCCUGGAACAGCUUGUAGUUGCACUCCGUCAACGACUGCUGCAAAUCACCCACCUGCAACACGCACAGCGCCAUGACUGCUGCCCAUGCCAACCAAGGGAGUGCUGUGCUGACUGACGCCCUGCCUACCUCCUUGACGCGUGUCUGUAUCUCAGCCCGCAGCUUCUGCAUCUCUUCCUGUGACACCUGGCACUUUUGCAGCUCAUUCAGCCAGCCCUCUCGCUCGGCGCUAAACGAAUCUGCAUCCAUCGACGAACAAGCCACACGCAGCUAGCAUUGCAAAUGAGCGAGAAAACCUGAUUCAUCGAAAGCCGGGGGGUCUGACCUGAUUUCUCUCGAUAGAAGGCGAUGAGGCUGUCCUUGUCCAUCUUCUCCAGGCCCUUCUCCUUCUUCCGAAGCUGCGCCGUACGGUGAGCCAU